UGCGAUCGGUUCCUGUGUGAUUUCGAUGAGUUUCGGUUCCCAGUGCGAUUCGUCGGAUUUGUGUUUGUUUUGAGUGUUGUGAUCGCUUGGCUAUCUAUUGGAGUCCCUCUUCUUGCUUGGAUCUUUUUAUGGUGUUGAGGGAUGUGGGAGACCUGCCCGCAGCCGGGGCCGCCCCCGCUCCGCCACUCGGCCUCCUUCUCGUGCCUCCCUCGGGGUCUCCGGGACCCGCGCCCCCACCGGGCCCGCACGGCCACCCUCCCGACGGCCACCGUGGACACGGACUACGGCUUCGUCCGCCACCCCCGCACUCACCAUGCCCACCGCUACGACUCGGUGCCCGAAGAGGACCUCCUGGACACGCCCAAGAAAGACACGAACCACUCCUUCCGCGAGGUCCUCGUCAAGAAGUCCGCCUCCAUCCUCUCGCCGACCCAGUGGUGGACGCCGAGGAGGCGGGCCCGCGGCAAGGACUGCGACCGGCCCGAGGUGCAGCGUCGGUGGCGCUCCCUGGGCGCCCUUCUCAAGACCUCCACGACGGCCAUUCAGCCCCCGCAGCCGGCCUCCCCGCACGCCCAGAGCUUCUACCUCCUGGACGACUUCCUCGGGCCGCCCAAGCCCAGGCGCAGCGGGGGCGCCAACACGACGAGCAGCUCCGACUCCCUGGAGCUCAGCUCCCCGGUGCCCCCGCCUGUACCCCCGCCGCCACCCCCGCUUCGCCUUCUCGGAUACAAGCAGCCCUGCGAGUGCUGCCGCUGCCGCCGACAGAGGGAGCGCCUUGUCCUCACCGAUUGGAUGAGUCCUGGCUCCAUAACCUUAAGCAAGGAUGUGCUGGCACGUCCGUCACACAAACCGCAUCAGCCAGUCCCGAGCAAAUUGCGGAAUGGAAUGCUUACUCGGAACGGACCAGAGCUGCCAUCUUUGAAAGGACCACAAUCCAAAUCAUGCCAAAAAACAAGCUUAAAGAAGUCUUUGACAGACUUUUCAACAACUACGCCGACCCACCAGUUGCAAAAAUCUCAGAAGUCUGCCUCGAAGAAAUCAUUAGUCGAUGCUUCGACAGACUCACCAACGCGGCAUCCUCAGAAGUCGAGGAAAGACUCAACCAGUCCAACGCUCCACCAUCCGCCUGCGUUUCCACACUUGAAUAACAAUUCGGUCAACACAAGGACGAGCCUAAACAACAACUACACAACGAGUGGUAGUGUUGCUGAGUAUUAUCGUAGAGCUGGUCUCCGAGAAGGCUACGAUCCUUUUGGCAGAAAACUCCCUCUCACACCAGCAGAGGCCCUGAAGUAUUACGGAAAUCGACUGACAGAAUACGAAAGAACUGAGAUUAGCAACUAUCCGGAGAUAUGGUACCUAGGUUUAGAUUCAUGUAAGAUUCAUGGAGACAAAAGUCUAUCUCAGAACGGUGGAUAUGAUGAUGAAAACGGCAGCUAUAAUAAAAUCUUAUUUGACCAUCUGUGUUAUCGCUAUGAAAUAAUGGAAGUAAUAGGAAAAGGAAGUUUUGGACAAGUAAUUAAAGCUUUAGACCAUAAAACUAAUCAAUUUGUAGCCAUUAAAAUAAUUAGGAAUAAGAGACGUUUUCACCACCAAGCAUUAGUUGAAGUUAGAAUAUUAGAGCAUCUACGACGGAAAGAUACGGAUGGUUCUCACAAUGUGAUUCAUAUGCUGGAGUACUUUUAUUUCCGCAAUCAUCUGUGCAUUAGCUUUGAACUGAUGAACCUAAAUCUGUAUGAGCUGAUCAAGAAGAAUUACUAUGAUGGUUUCUCUCUCAGUCUUAUACGUAAAUUUGCAGUCUCGUUAGUUCAAUGCCUACAACUCCUUCAUCGAGAAAACAUAAUUCACUGCGAUCUCAAACCGGAAAAUGUGCUGUUAAGGCAUGGUGGGAGUACCUCAAUCAAGGUUAUAGACUUUGGAAGCUCAUGCUACUCUCAUCAAAGGGUUUACACGUAUAUUCAGUCACGGUUUUACCGUUCACCAGAAGUCAUUCUAGGUCUUCCAUAUGGAACGGCCAUAGAUAUGUGGAGUCUUGGUUGUAUUUUAGCAGAGCUUUAUACCGGCUACCCACUUUUCCCAGGAGAAAAUGAAGUAGAACAAUUAGCUUGCAUUAUGGAAGUUUUAGGUCUACCCCCUGAAGAUGUAACUAUGAAUGCAUCAAGAAGACGUCUAUUUUUUGAUUCAAAAGGAUUGCCUAGAUGCACGACCAACAGCAAAGGCAGGAAACGAAUUCCUGGUUUCAAGACUUUGGCCUCUAUCACUAAAUGUGAUGAUAAAAUCUUUGUGGAUUUCCUAUCCAGAUGCUUACACUGGGAUCCCAAAAAGAGAAUGAGUCCUGAUGAAGCAUUGCGUCAUGAAUUCCUCCGAGACUGGAUCAACAUAAAUCCUUCGCAUGUGUUGGCUGAUUAUCUGAAAUCACCAACCUCUCUCCAGAGUUCGCCUAAUUCUAUAUACCAUCUCCUCCGCAAACGCAAUACUGCGCAAACCAACGGUGAUCCCAAUCUCACCGACUCGGGGACAUUUUUACCCCCCAUACUGUGAAUUAUUAUCUGCUCAAUCUUGUUAAAUCUAAUGACUACAUAGCGCCUGGAGGAACUAUUUAAGGCUGAGAUUCAUUCUGUGGAAUGUUCUGAGACCUUUGCCUUCUUUUUGCUUAGAAGAAAAUGUUCUAGAAAUUUUAACUUGCAGAUCUCACAUUUCCACAGCUUUGUCCUCUAGUGACGGUCUUCAAACUGUGUGAUCCUCCUGCUCAUCACGAUUUUGUCAUAACUGUAUGUUUUACUGUAGUGAUAAUUCUACUCUAUGUUUGUUCGAAAGCCAUUUCAUGGAUUAAAGCCAAAUAGCGAUGAUGAAAACUUUGUAGGAGCUAACACGUUUCAUGCAGAUUCCCACAAAGUUUAUUUUGACGCAGGAAAAAUUUUAACAGAGGAUCAACAGACCAGAAGGUAGAAACCAUCAAUUGUUUUUUUGAAGGAAAAAUUUGCUGACUUGAAACUUCAAGUGAUUCUAGGGUCUGUGAUCUCUGUUUUUGACCAGAAAAUUCAGAGAAAAAAUCUGGAUCAGAAUUUCAAGAAUAUUUCUAUGUCUACAAAGGUACCUAUCAAGAACUAACAUUCAAUAGGUACUUUAACCUUCAUCUUUAGAAGAUAGAAAUCCAUCAUGAAAAUGUUUUAAAAAAGGCAGUUAGCUGGAAUCAAACCUAGAGUAAAUUAAUGCGAUCUACAGCAGAUCCUGUCGAUUUUAAAUCGUCCACUUAACGACCUCAAAUCUUUUUGACGAUAGUAAGCUCCUGUUCAUAGAGAGCUUAGCUUUAAAUCUCACAGAAUCGAACCCAACCUCUGUGUUGGCCAAUGCAUUGUCUCCACAGGGUAAAUUCAACGAAGGAGUUUGCUACUUGUAAUGCAUUACAAAGUUCAUUUUUAAGUGUUAAAAAUUGAUGUUGAACUGUUUAAUCUUGAUGUUAAUUUUAUCUGUGUUAUAGUAUAAAUUACGAUGUUGUCUCAAUGUGAUACCCAUGCUUUCCUGCUGAAAUUAAGAACUACAUAAAUCUUCUCUGUCCCAAUAUGUGAUGAUUUUUAGCAAAAUUAAUGAUCGCUGAUUCACAGAAUUUAAAAGGCGUUAGACCGAAUAGUCUAAAUCUUCUUCCCAAUGGGUAUUGCUAUAGAGACAUAUUGUUCAAGUUCUCAAUAUGAAGACUUCAUAUUGAAAACAUUCUAAAAGAUCAGUCAGUUGAAAGUGGAACCCUAGAACCUCUUUAGAAUGCUGAAGCAGAUAUUUUUUUAUUUUUUAGAACAGCGCAAUGGAAGUGUCCAUUAAAUACUGAAAAAAAUGUGGUGAGAGCAUCUUUGAAGGUAUCUGGUGUGAACAAUUUUUUGAGGAAAGUACAUUGUUUGCCAUUUGGUUGUAUCGGUUGAAAAAAAGAUACUGAAAAUUGUUAUGUACAUCAGUGAAAAUACUAAAUUGAGCCACAAGCCAGAAGUAAUUCUUUCUAAGUAUUUUUAAAUAAUAGCAUCUUAGAGUAAAGUGUUUAUUUGAAUUCAAAAUAAUUGGACGGCUUCGAAUGCAGUUUAAACUACCUACACCCUCUUAAAUCUUGUAAAAAUAAACCACAGUAACGGCUAAUUCCAUAGUGAAAGGAGAAACAGCCAGCAAUAAGCUUUCACCCGCAAUGAAAGGUCUACAAGUUUUUCAUCUCAAAUUCUUUGCUCAUUUUUUCAAAAUUUGUCUAAAUUAAAUUGAAUGAAAUGUUUGAUAUCAAGUCUCAUGAACAUAAAACCAGGAAGAGGCAUGUCAACAAGUUCAAUAUUCCUAGAUUUUGAUCGACAUUUGGGUGCGAGUGAUAUUUUUCCAAUUGUUUAAGAUAUUUGAUUGUUGAUCUGAGACAUUUUAUAGCCUGCGUUCUAUUUUCAUGUUCUCAAUUUUAUUUUAAAAGCCCUCUCUCUGCCUCCAUAUUCAUGACCAAGGGGCUCUACUAUACCGAACAAUAAUAUGAUACGAAAUUUGACUAGAAGAAGGCUGGUGGGGUUUUAAGGAGGCACUGGAAGUACAGAAGAAGAUACACAUAUUUGUAACACUCCUUCGAUUUUGAAUUUAGACAAGGCUUAAAUGUUUGAUGCUUAAAUGUGAAGGAUGUGAAAAAAGUUAAAAUUUACCAUUUUAUUAAUAAAAGUGACAGAGCAUUUGGUAAAAUUAACUGAUAUUUUUUUUUCUACUUUUAUAUGUGCGUAUUUCUUAAGUUUGUGCUGCUUCCAGUAGGUAUCCAUUUACUCAUUCACUCCAUCCUCAUGAGAUUUUUCAGUUUAGAAAUGGGCCUAAUUCAACUAACAGCAUCAGAUAAAGUCAACAAAGAUUUUUAAUUUUUUCCAAGUCCAUUGAAUUGUUUAGUGUGAUAACAAGCCAAAUCCAACUAGCAGCAUUCAAACAAAUUUCCGAAGAUUAUUUUCUGGCAACAAAUAAAUAUUCGUUAGAUUAACCUAAUGGGUUGACCGACAGUUGGCUCAACGAAUAAAACGGCGAAGUGUUCGUAUACACUUGAAGUGGAUUUUGUGGAAAGUAUUGUUCUAGGCAGCUAGAAGAGAGACCUAAGAGAGAGAAAUUUUUCCUCUGCAAGAAGAACUGUGGUUCAUAAAUGUAACUUGUUUUAAAUGAAUUCUUUUAACCUACGUUUCUGUUUCUGAAUUACCUUGUAUAUUCCUUCCCUGCAAUGCUCACCCAUGUAUGGGACAUUGUAACAAAAUUGGUUUUUGUUGCGUCCACCAAAUUUCUCGACAACCUUGAAUCUUUAUGUUUCAGAUUAUAACUGUGCACUCGGAACUUUUUGAUUUUACCAGUAACAGACUCUGUGAUAAUUGUAGUUAGUUUUUUUAAGGAUCUUCAAAAAUUGUCUAGUGGCUGUUAGUCCAUUUGGGAAAGACUGCCGACUGAUGAGUUCUAUUGACAGGUGUAAAAAAAAGUGGGAGCAUUCAUGUUUUGUUUGUUGGACAUUUUUCCCCUGUAGUCAUGGAACUGAUUCUCUCAAGUAAAUAUACUUUACACAAUGGCGGUCUUUCUCGAAGUGGAAUCUUAUAUUAGGUAUUAUAAAGUAUGUACAUUUGCAUUAAGUCAAUUUAUUUUACUUAAGAAAAUUUUGUUGAGGCCACUUGCAGUAUAAACUGUUCUGCUCUUGCAGUUUGUGAUAGAGAGGGAAAUGUUUGCUGUUUUGGGUUCAGUUUGGCUGCAUGAAUUAUUUUUCGAGUGUCUGUAUUCUUUUACUUAAUCUUGACUGAUAAGAUUUUACCAUUUUAAGGAUUUAUCUCUUUAACCUAAAAGUAUGUGAUGUUUAUUUUAAUGUUUCCUCAAUAUUUUGUAAAUGAUUACUUAUAUCCUUUAAGCUCGUUCUCUGAGCCACUGUCCUAUGAGCUGCAGAAGCAUCACAGCUGGAUGAAUUCAAAACUAAUCAAUGUUCUUUCUUGAUCUGUAUGAAAGUUGUAAACUAUGUUUUAAAUGAAGCAAAGAUGAAUAAAUUAUAACGUUGAA